AUGCCUCCAAAGGCUCCCAAAAAGAAGUUGCAUGAGUUGGCGGUUUUACUACCUGAGGGAACGAAGAUCAAUGAUCCCUCUAAAAAAAAGGAUUACGUUCUCGGCAAGCAGUUUGCAACUGGAGGCUUUGGGCGGAUUUAUACUUGUAAAGAGGUUGGCACCAAAGAAGAUCUUGUUGUCAAGGUUGAGCCAUCCGGCAACGGACCUCUCUUCACCGAAGUCAAUGUCUUUCAACGGCUGCUCAAGAAGGAAUUCAUUGAAGCCUUUAAAAAGCGAAUGAAUCAUUCUUGGAUUGGUUUACCAUACAUCAUCUCCGGUGGAGUUUUCAGCUAUAAGGAGGAGAAACUUAGAUAUAUGAUAAUUCCAAAAUAUGAUAUGUCCUUAGAAGGAAUGAGAGAGAAGAUCAAAGUCUUAAGCUUUAAGAAUACAUGGGAAGUUUCCCACUGUGUUCUUCAAAGUCUGGAAUAUGUGCAUGAGAAACAAUUUACUCAUGCUGAUAUCAAAGCCGCCAACAUUCUCCUGGAGAAGAAAAACGAUUGCACUACUUCAGUUCUCGUGGAUUUCGGAUUAGCUCGGUUCUCUGCUAACAAUAUUGAUAAACCUGAUAAGAAAAGAGCUCACAAUGGAACGGCCAUCUUCACAUCUUCCGAUGCCCACAUUGGAAAUCACCCAUCAUUCCGUGGAGAUAUUGAAAUCUUAGCUUAUAAUAUUUUGUAUUGGCUUACUGGCUCGCUUCCUUGGUUGGAGUAUGAAGCUACUCCGGCUAAGGUGUUUGAUAAGAAACAAGCCUUCAUCAAGGAUGUUCCUAAAAGUUUGAAGGACUUACUAAAGUCAGAUUCUGCGUCUAUCGAGGCGUUAACAGUUUUUUUCGAAGUUGUCGCUAAAACUUCAUAUACUCAACAAGUUAAUUUCAAAUCGCUAUUCAAUGCUGUGAAGAAAGCAUUGGGCUCUUCAAAAGGCAAAAGACUCUCCCCAGCUCCUGAAUCUAAACCAGUUUCGAAAGCAAAAAAAGCAGAGGCUGAAGAUUCUGCUACAUCCUCUACUGUUCCAAAGCGAAGACGGGCAGCAGCACCUACUGCGGAGCCAACACCAACAGAAGAAGUGGUAUCAACUUCGAAAACAAGAACUACAACUGGAAAAUCAACCGCGACCAAAAGUUCUAGGAGGAAAUCGCCAAUUCAAUCGGAUCGUAUUCCUAUUGUCUCCCCCGUGAUGAGCGCUCUGAAAAACAUCGUCUCCCCUAGGAGAGUCCGAUCGUCUAGAAGAAGUCCUCCGUUGCGUGAAGCUCCGAUCAUUCAAAAUCAAAAAGUAUCACCUGUUGCUGAGAAACUACCAAUUGAUUCUUCUAAAGUUACAACUCGUAGGAAGUUUACAUCAAAGCCCAUCUCGCCAUCAAUUAAAGCCUGCCCACAGAAACUUCUUGAGAUGGUACCCGGAGUCCGUAACUUCGAGAGGAACCGUCGUUCCUUAGUGCUCAGAAAUAUUUCCAAGAACAAGUAUACUGAUAUGGCCAACGAAAACAUUCUGUACGCCGAUUACCCUCUCUUCCCAUUACCAGAAGACAAAGUGACUGCUUUGGUUCAAGAGGCCCAUGAUUGGGCUCAUGCUCAUGGUCUGGUAUACCGUCUCCGUCAAUCCAAAGACAACAGUGAGCAUUGCCAAACCGCCCCUAUAGCUUUAAUUCCAACUCCAUUCCCAAGAAGUCUUUUCCAACAAGCAGUUGACGUUCAGAACCUCAUGGCGUCUCUGUACCAUGACAUCGCCUAUGACUUCGACUUUCUAACCAAAUGCCAUGAGGAGGUCGUCAAGACUGACUCGUUUAUCCGUCUCGCUCAGAAAGUAACGUUGGCCAUCCAGCGUUCGGAUUAUAUGGCUCAUAAAGAUCCUUUCACUUCUGAAUAUUGUCUGAAGCAGAUCGAAGUUAACAACAUCGCUUCAAGUAUGGGAGGACAUUCGGAGCGAGUAACUUUGCUUCAUCGACGCACGUUGUUGGAUCUCGGAUACACUGCCGAGUUUGUCGAUCGUGCUAUCCCCAAGAACAAACCUAUUGAGAUGAUUGCUGAUGCUUUGUUCAAAGCUUGGACAGAAGUUGCCGACCCUGAUGCUAUUGUUUUGGUUAUCGUGGAAGAUAUCAAUCAGAACCAAAUUGAUCAACGCCAUGUUGAGUAUGCACUAGAAGCUAAGGGCAUUCCAGUAGGAAAUGUUGUCCGACAAAAUUUAACCGAGCUCCAUGAACAUCUCACCUUGACAGAAGAACGUCGUCUCAAUUUCAAAGGCUCACGCGUAUCCGUAGUCUACUUCCGUUCUGGAUAUUCUCCAGAUCAUUACCCAACAGAGAAAGAAUGGGCUGUUCGCUUGGUUAUUGAGAGAUCGGAUGCGAUAAAGUCUCCUUGGAUUGGUUUGCAGGUUGCGAAUACUAAAAAAACACAACAGGUUUUGUCUGAAGAUGGUGUGUUGGAAAAAUACAUAGGAAAUCCGCGGGACGCUUCAGCUAUCAGAGAUACCUUUGCUGGUUUAUGGGCUCUGGAAGAUAACAAUCCCGUCACCAGAAACAUCAUUAAGGGAGCUAUCAGCCAUCCUGAGCGUUUUGUUUUGAAACCUCAGCUAGAGGGCGGAGCCGGAAAUUACUAUGGAAAUGAGAUUUCGGAAAUGCUUGAGAAAAUGAGUUCUGAAGAGAGAGGCGCCUUCAUCCUAAUGGAAAGAGUUAGACCUUUGGCUUUCCAAAACUAUUUGGUUCGUGCAAAGGAGCCGGUUGGGUUGUCUGAAGUCGUUAGUGAACUUGGCAUAUAUGGUUAUGCCCUGGGGGUGCGUGGAAAACCGGAAACAGGGACUGGGGGCCAUCUGUUGCGAACAAAGGGAGAAGCCAUGAACGAGGGAGGAGUAGCAGUUGGAGCUUCAGUGAUUGACAGUCCAUUUUUAUACGAACUACUCUAG